AGCCAUCAGAAAGCUCCACCAAGAAAAUGUUAGUCUUGGCCUUGUGAGAUCGUCCAAACACUUACACACAAACUUAACCCUCACUUUGACCUUUUUGAUAUCCUUGAAUAUCUUGGUCCCAGCACAACUUUUGAGCCGGUUUUUGAAUUCCUACUCCAGCUACCGUAGUAAUGGCCGCCACCAAGAAGACCUACAUCGUCGAGCACCUCGAUGAGGAGCUGGGCCCCUGGUCCGAGCUCGAGUACCUCGCUAUCGCCAAGGAAUCGCAAGAGAUCGGUUCCGAGUUCCAUCUGACUUCCCUGCCCCAGGGCUUCAAGGUCCCCGAGGCCCUGGCCGCUGUGCCGGCCUUCAAGGCUGAGAACCGCGGUGUUGAGGAGAUCUAUGCUGCUGACAAGAGCAGGGUCUGCCUGCUGGAUCCCGCGGCCAAGAAGGACUUGAGCCCUGAGGAUGGCGACACCUUUGAUGUUUUCCUGUUUGGCGGUAUUUUGGGUGACGACCCCCCGAGAGACAGAACCUCUGAGCUCCGCAAGAAGGGCUUCGAGGGUCGCCGUCUCGGCCCCGUGCAGAUGACCACUGACACUGCUGUCCGUGUCACUCGUCUUGUUGUUGAGGGCAAGACUCCCGUCGACAAGAUUCCCUACGUCGACCACCCCGAGCUCAAGUUCAGCGAGCACGAGAGCACACAGAUGCCCUUCCGCUAUGUCACUGACAAAGAGGGCAAGCCAAUCAUGCCUGCGGGCAUGGUUGAGUUGAUCAAGAAAGACUCGGACAAGGCUAUUGACGACAUGUUCUAAGGUACUUGCCUUGGAUACCAAUGAAGAAAAGAUAGAGUAUAUACCCAUCCAGAACCUGUUUAUAUGUUGCCCCUUGACUUUCGCGGAGGAAGUGUCAUCAGAUUUCGGCCAGCUGUUGAGCUCAUUAUCUUCUCGUACAACAUAAACGAACUUCAGCUACCUAUAAGCACCCCGAGCGGGGUUAUUCCGUCUCCUGUUAUCUUAUCAAACGCUGUCUAA